AUGGAGGCUCUUAUAAAAGUGCAACAGGACUUGUAUUUGAGAAUAGAUAAGGCUAAAACUAACUUUAAAAAAUCGCCUAAGGAACGGCUUAACUCUGUAGAUUAUCUUAGCACAAGAUUAGAAACCUUAGAAUCUUUAUGGGAAAAGUUUGUGUCAACUCAUACAAAAAUCAUUCAAGAGUCUACUACACUUGAGUUCAGCGAGUAUAUUACUGAAGACAUAUAUUCUAAUGCGGAAGAGUUAUUCAUGGAUUAUAAGUCGGAUCUUAAGAUUGCCUUAAAUAAACUAAAUGUUUCAAUUCCUGGAAAGAGCACUGAGUCUACCACAAUUGAGAAUAAGUCUGAUGUUAAUCAAGGCAAAUCGGUGAUGGUAAAGCUACCAAAGAUUUCAAUUCCUACGUUUUCAGGAAAUUAUUCUGAGUGGACUAGCUUUAGAGAUCUAUUCACGUCGCUCAUCCAUAAGAAUAGAGAUUUAGACGACGUCCAAAAAUUGCACUACCUGAAAGGUUAUUUAGUCGGUGAAGCUGAACAGCUUUUGCGUCACGUACAGAUCACGCAGGAUAAUUACAGCGCAUGUUGGGAGAAAUUGGAAAAGCGCUAUAAUAAUAAGAAGUAUCUUUCUAACUGCAUUCUCAAACGCUUCAUGAGUCAGAAGAAUAUUACGACGGAGUCCGCGAAUGCACUCAAAGAAUUGCUGGACACUACAAAUGAAUGUUUAAUCGACCAAUGCUCGGAAGCCUCUUUUAUAACGGAGUCUGCAGCACAACUGCUGGGACUAAACAAGGUUUCCCACAAGAGCACAGUCACGGGUCUAGGCGGUGAAGAGAGUUCACCUGUGAACUCUAAGGCGGUGGUAAAGGUAAAAAUUUCAUCACUCCUAGAACCUGACUUUGAAGUGAACGUGCAUGCUCAUGUUUUGGGCAAGGUAACAUCGAAUCGGCCGAGAAAACGUAUUGUCAUUGAUUCGUGGUCUGAACUGUCUAAAUUAAAUUUAGCAGAUUCCACAUUCAACAUUCCCGGCAAAAUCGACUUGCUCCUAGGAGGAGAGGUGUACGGUCAAAUACUUUUAAACGAAAUGAUCAAAGCUCCACAGGGAGCACUCAUCGCUCAGCGAACGUCUUUAGGCUGGAUCGUUUCAGGGCCAACUCACUUAGGUGAGUCGGAAAUUCGUAACAGUGUUAGCGUUAACCACAUUCAUUUAGAUGAAAAUGAGUUACUCAAAAAAUUUUGGGAGCUCGAGGCUGACCACAAUACGACAGAUCUCAAGCAACAUUACACUGAAGACGAGAAGAAAUGUGAAGAAUUUUUUACUGCUACCACUGAACGUGAUAGCACAGGUAGAUAUAUCGUGAAACUACCAUUUCGCGAUCAAGAUCCCAGUUGCAAACACGGAAACUUUGUGCCUAUUGCAACUAGGCGUCUCAACCAAUUAGAAAAGAGGUUCGCAAAAGAUCCUGAAAUGAAGAAACGCUACACAGAUGUCAUCAAUGAAUAUCUUGAGCUAGAACACAUGGAAGAAAUUCCCCCAGAACAGGAGAACAACCCAGAUGCAGUUUACUUGCCACAUCAUGCUGUCAUCCGAGAUGACAGAUCCACGUCAAAGCUUCGGGUAGUUUAUGACGCGUCUUGUCCUGGCUCUAAUGGCGUUUCCUUAAAUCAAGACCUAUUAGUAGGUCCAACUCUGCAACCUGUUUUGCGUCAUACCAUCCUUCGUUGGCGUUGCCAUCCUAUAUGUCUGGUAGCAGACAUUGUUAAAAUGUACAGGCAGGUGAAAGUGCACGAAGACGAUGUAGAUUUUCAACGCAUCCUAUGGCGUGAAAACUCGGGGGAGAAGAUAAAGCACUUGAGACUGCUCCGAGUCACUUUUGGUACGGCAUCAGCACCCCAUCUCGCAGUGCGUGCUCUUCAGCAAGUAGCCCACGAUGAAGGAUCACAGUAUCCAAAUGCUGCUGAAAGGGUCCUCAAGCAUUUUUAUGUAGAUGAUUUGUUAACAGGCUGUGAAUCUGUAGAAGAGGGUAAAGUAGUGUACCAAGAGAUGAAUGAACUUUUGAAAAAAGGUGGAUUCCAAUUACAGAAAUGGAGCAGUAAUAAUGAAGAAUUAAUGCGUUACAUGAAAGAAACUGAUGUCAAAGAGGAAGGAAGUCUCCAGUUGAAGAUAGACGUUGUCAUGAAAAUUCUGGGACUGGUCUGGAAUCGCAGAAAUGACGAAUUUGAAUAUUCGGUACAGCUUCCUCCACUCAAAGUUCCUGUAACAAAGAGAAGUGUCAUAUCUGACAUAUCAAGGCUGUUCGAUCCACUUGGUUGGUUGGCUCCAGUGAUCAUAGUGGCUAAGAUUUUCAUCCAGAAAUUGUGGCUUUCGGGAAUCGAAUGGGAUGAUGAAGUUCCACCACAAUUACUGAAGAAUUGGCUAAACUACAGAGAAAGUCUAAACCAACUUACCGAAUUCAAGCUGCCUAGGUGGAACAACGCUAGAUCCAAUGUGACUGCGGAACUUCAGGGAUUCUGCGACGCUUCUAAUGAAGCGUUUGCUGCUGUUGUGUACUUGAGGACUGUAGAUGAAGAAGGAAAGGUGCACGUGUCACUGAUCACGUCCAAAACUAAAGUGGCUCCUAUCAAACAAAUUUCUAUUCCACGUCUGGAAUUGUGUGGGGCUGUGUUACUCACCAAAUUGCUGGUUGAAGUAGCCGAUGUUAUGAGUAUCAGCAAGGCAAACAUUCAUGCAUGGACUGACUCCACAGUGGUCAUUUCUUGGCUAAAUAGUCGUCCAAAUCGAUGGAAAACUUUUGUUGCCAACCGUGUAUCUGAAAUAAUAACAUCAGUUGAGCCGCACCAAUGGUCCCAUGUCUCUUCGAAAGAUAAUCCUGCAGACUGCGCGUCUAGAGGUACACAGCACCUGAGUAAAGAAGAGCUCUGGAUAGAAGGUCCGUCGUGGCUAAAAAAUAAAGAAAUUAGCUACAAAAAACCAAACAUAAAGGACACGAAGUUAGAAGAAAAAAGCACUAAAGCAUGCUUCUUGAAUACUUGUGGUAAUGAUGUCACAGCAGAUGCUGAAGAAACACUUAUUUCAAGGUUUUCUAAAUUGUGGAAACUGCUACGCGUUCUGGCUUUCUGUAAACGAUUCUUGAAAUGUGCUAGAAAAGAAAAAGUGAAGAAGAAACCUGUACAGAUGGAAUAA